CGACUCUACAACCCACCAUCACCUUCCGUGUCAUAUACAGCGCAUCCUAGCUUUCAUUGAGACAGUCUGCUUCAACACCGUCAAGUAUCCCCGCAGUCUUGAGCCUCAGCUUCACCAAACUUGCAGCAAGGAUGGAUGGAAGUCUGGACUACAAAACCUCGAAAGAAGCUUUCGUCUCUGGGACGACCGGCUCCUCUGUUGGUCACGUAAAUAUGGUCUCGCUAGCCGCGUUGGCGUCCAUAGCCCUGCACUCGGCUCUUCGAACUCGACUGCCGCUACAGAAGACAACGAACUUCUACAUGGACGCUCCAGUUCUUGUUAUACCACUACUUCUUUCUGUUACAAUCUUUGCGCUCUCCCCGGGGUAUCUGCUCCUCUUGAUAUUGUUACCUACUUCGGUGCUACUGCUCGUCCCUCCACGUGAAGCCGGAACCCCACUUCCAUCCACGCUUGCAGCUGGCAGUCGUCAUGGUAGUCGAAGGCCCUCCCUAGUCGGGAGCAAUGAUGCUGCAGGUGGCGCUAUGCACGAGCCACAUGUACAGCUUGACUCGACAAUUCCACCUCUGGCGGCUUUGACGACAUACAGAGCCCAUAUGCUACUGCUCACAGCCAUCUGCAUUCUCGCUGUCGAUUUCCCGGUGUUCCCGCGCAUUUUGGCCAAGUGCGAAACCUUUGGUGCUUCUCUCAUGGAUGUUGGUGUCGGAAGUUUUAUCUUUUCCCAAGGCAUUGUAUCUGCCAUUCCUUUGAUCAAGAACCCUGCCCACCUGAAGGCACCUGUGCUUCCGAAGGUGGCAGCCGCAAUGCGCAAAUGUUUUCCGCUUCUCCUGCUUGGUCUGUUUCGAACUUUGUCAGUGAAGGGAACCCAAUAUCCCGAGCAUGAGACUGAAUACGGCAGACACUGGAACUUUUUCCUGACAUUAGGCUUCGUCCCUGUGCUGCAAAUUCUGCUUCACCCGUUUAUGACCUAUUUGCCGAUAUCGGCGCUGGGCAUUAUGCUGGCAGUUGCCUAUCAAACUGCGUUAUCUUCUGGGGGUCUCAUGUCAUACGUCCUUCAUGCGCCACGGGACUCAUUGGUCAAUGCAAACAAAGAGGGAAUAGUGUCUCUGAUCGGCUAUUUGGCGCUGCACUUGUUGGGUUUGUCGACAGGCACCGUCAUCCUGCCAUCUUCACCAUCGUUCUUCCGGAGAAUGCAGCAUGAACUACGCCAAAACGGUACGGGGGCCCCGCGGGACAUUGCCCACCGAUCGGACUCAGAAAGCGACGAUGACACACCACGUACGGCGCCAGGUCCGCGAAUUCCAAAUCGGCGGGAGAACGACAAGACAGCGACAGAGUUAUGUUCGUACGCCGUCUUGUGGUGGACGACGCUCGGCGUCUUGAGCUGGAUGGACAUUGGAGGCGGUAUGUCCCGCCGAGUGGUUAACCUACGGUAUACAAUUUGGAUUGCUGCAUACAACACGACAUUCCUGCUGGGCUAUCUGCUCCUUGACCUCGUGUUCUUCCCGUCCCCGUUGUCAAGAUCCGUGUAUUCCCCGACUUCAAAGCUCAAAGUACAGCCGGAUACAGUGCUCAUGAACCACGACCGGACGGAUGGCAGAGGGACGCCGAGUGCGCCAGCUCUUCUCGAGGCGGUCAACCGUAACGGGCUUCUUUUCUUCCUUCUUGCGAAUGUAAUCACCGGGCUGGUCAAUCUUACAAUACCGACAAUCUACACCUCGGAUUGGUGGGCGGUGGUGAUUCUGUCGGUGUAUUCUAUUAGCGUUUGCGCAGUAGCCUGGGCGGCAAAGGACAGAAAACUUUGGUGAUUUUGAUCCAUUCGGCGUCAUGUUUCCCCGGCGAUUUGCUGGGUGGGGUCUGGGCUUGGUGGGCUGGGUUCCUGUGUUGUGGUGGAAAUGAUACAUGACCCAAUUAACCUUCCUUGUUUUCGUUGGAA